UACAAUUAUACACAAACAGGCAUAAAUAUACAUAAGAGAGUUAGAGAGCUUGGAAGAAGAAUCGACGUUGCUGUAAAUUUCGAAAGCAGAGUAUGUAAAUUGACUAAGUAUUGCAUCUGAAGAGAAAAAUGCUGGGGAUUUCGUAUGGAGAGCUCUUCCUCUUAAUCGGAGCAACCGCUGCUCUCAUCGGACCCAAGGAUCUUCCAGCUAUAGCAAGAACUGCGGGGAGGUUGGCUGGCCGUUCCAUCGGAUACGUUCAAUUGGCUCGUGGCCAAUUUGAAAAUGUCAUGCAGCAAUCUCAAGCUCGUCAGGUGCAUAAAGAAUUGCAAGAUACUAUUGCUCAGCUAGAAGCUAUACGUUAUGAAAUUCGAACCAUCUCUUUCAUGAAUCCUGGCCCCAUGACUCGGAGGCUAGUGGACAAUCUUGACCAAACUUCUGUUAGUAAUGUUUUAGGAAACAGUGAACCUGAAAAACUUAAUGAAGAGAGUGGAUUGACAACUGCAAACACUAAGGAUAGUUCAACAACACCAGGAUCAUCCAACAUGCACAGCCAAGCAACUACUUAUGCAAGACUGGCUGAAUCCUCCAGUUUAAACUCUGGGUCUAUGGAAAGUAAAGAAAUCAUUAGUGAGCUAACUAAUGAAUCAGGUGUUACUGUUCUUCCUGUAUCUGCCGAAAGCACAGGAUUGUUGCCAGAUCGUAGGGAUGAAGCAAAGGGAUCUGACAUAGUGUUGGAAGCAAUACUGGAGGCGGAGGUGGCACGUAAUGCAAAAGAUUUUUUUGCACAGCCCCAAAAUCAAAUAAAAUGUGAACAAUGAGAUGAUCACUUUAUAUCCUAUCCUACAUUCUAUUUUUUGGGUAUGCACUGUUGUUUUGUGUCUGAGCUGAGUUUAAUCAUAACAGGUAUGUCUAGUGACAUGCUAAAACAAUAAUGGUAUUGACCAUGGGAAAAAAAGAGGAUAGGUGAAUAUUUACCAUGAAUUAUGGUUGCACAUUAUGCUCUUCAUUAUCAUUAGUUAUAUGAUCAUUAAGUGCUCACAUGUGAACUAGUCUUUCCGCAGUUCCUUUUGGUGCCCUUUGCCUUCCCAUUGCCCUAACGGGUGAAUGCUGUUACUUCAGGAAUUCUUUUAUAUAGUUUGACAAGCUUGCAGUGUUCCAGAGUUGGCUUAUGUUUUUUGCACUCAUGUAUUGGAAAAUUUGAUUUGGUGAAGACUGGGAAUGAAGCCUCCAAAUUUGAACCCAUGUAUUUAGAAUGAAAAUGAUCAUCAAAAUUGUUAUAGGUUGUAACUAUAGCUAGAUCAUUUUCUGCACCCGUGACUUUUGUUAAAAAUUGUGAUUAAGAAAUGACUUUUUGUUGGAUUUCUUUUCAACCUUCUGAUGGAACAGAUGAUGUAUGGAGUUAUUUUGGCUAAAGAUUGCUUGAUUUCAAUGAAUGAUAUUUUUUUCUCCUA